GUUGGAAGAAUUCCUGUUUCCCGUGUGUGCGUUGGUGAGACUGGAGGCACUUGGCCUCAGUGGCAACAAUAUCAAUACAGUGCCCCCUCAGAUAACACAACUGAAACAUCUGAAACAAUUUGACCUGUCUAAUACCAAGUUGGAAGAACUUGCGCUGUCAGUGUGUGAGUUAGUGAGACUGGAGGCACUUGACCUCAAGGAAAACCACAUUGCUACAGUGCCACCUGAGAUAACACAACUUAAGAAUAUAAAGUGGUUGAGCCUGUCUGGUAACAAGUUGGAAGAUCUCCCGCUGCCAGUGUGUGAGUUGGUGAGACUGGAAACACUUUUUCUCAGUGACAACAACAUUACAACAGUGCCACCUCAGAUAACACAACUGAAAAAUCUGAAGAUAUGUGACCUGGCUAAUAACAAGUUGGAAGAUCUCCCGCUGCCAGUGUGUGAGUUGGUGAGACUGGAGGCACUUGACCUCAAGGACAACCACAUCACUACAGUGCCACCUGACAUAUUUCAGCUGAAGAAUCUGAAGAUAUUUAACCUGUCUAAUAACAAGUUGGAAGAAUUCCUGUUUCCAGUGUGUGAGUUGGUGAGACUGGAGGCACUCAUACUUGGAGGAAAUCACAUCACUACAGUGCCACCUCAGGUAACACAACUAAAGAAUCUGAAGGUAUUUGACCUGUCUAAUAACAAGUUGGAAGAUCUUCCAUUGUCAGUGUGUGAGUUGGUGAAACUGGAAACACUUGUCCUGAAGGACAACAACAUCACUACAGUGCCACCUCAGAUAACACAACUUAAGGAUCUGAAACAAUUUGACCUGUCUAAUACCAAGUUGGAAGAACUCCCUUUGCCAGUGUGUGAGUUGGUGAGACUGGAGAAACUUGGCCUCAGAGGCAACAACAUCUCUACAGUGCCACCUCAGGUAACAAAACCUACGAAUCUGAAGGUAUUUAACCUGUCUAAUAACAAGUUGGAAGAUCUCCCGUUGUCAGUGUGUGAAUUGGUGAGACUGGAGACACUCAUACUUGGAGGAAAUCACAUCACUGCAGUGCCACCUCAGGUUACACAACUUAAGAAUCUGAAGGGGUUAUACCUGUCUAAUAACAAGUUGAAAGAACUCCCGCUGUCAGUUUGUGAGUUGAUGAGACUGGAGACACUCAUACUUGGAGGAAAUCACAUCACUACAGUGCCACCUCAGAUUGUACAACUUAAAAAUCUGAAAGAAUUUGGCCUGUCUAAAAACAUGUUGGAAGAUCUCCCACUGCCAGUUUGUCAGUUGGUGAGACUGGAAAACCUUGAUCUCAGUGACAACAGCAUCACUACAGUGCCACCUCAGAUAACACAACUUCAGAAUCUGAAAAUAUUAGACCUUGUAUGGAAUAAAUUAAUACAGCCACCACAGAAAGUAGCAAAUAGAGGGAAAGAAGCAAUUUUUAGAUAUUUUGAUGAUCUUAUCAAAACCAAAGCGACAAGAUCAUUAAGACUCCAGGUGAAUAUCCUUGGUGAAACAUGCGCAGGGAAGACAAGUUUAGUGAAGACUCUGACAUCCGGUAGCCCCUUCUUAACAACUUUGGCAGACAGAACACAUGUCAUGGAGCAGAUUCCAUGGUCACCAAAGGAAGAUGUUUUCCUGAACAUUAACGAUUUUGGUGGCCAUGAAGUCUACAGAGUUGCACACAAUUUCUUCAUAACCAAGGAAGCACUCACGCUGAUAGUGUUUAAUCUCCAGGAUGUAUCUUUGAAAUAUAAAGACACAGUCACAAACUGGAUAGAUAAUAUUUACAGCAGAGCACCAGAAUCAACCAUCUUACUUGUAGGUUCGCAUGCAGAUUGUCUGAGCAAUGAGCAGGAGUUGGAAGCCAGAAAGAAAGAGGUUUUGUGUGCUGUCGAAUAUCACUUAUGUGAUAAAACAUCCAAGUUAAGAACCAGUCUGGAAGAAUUAGAAAAGAGGACUGAAUUAAAGAGCUCGUAUCCAGAGGCAUACAAUGUAAAGAUGAUGCGUAUCAAAAUGUUAAUUGAAAAUCCACCACAUGUUGACGAAAAUGUUUUUGUCACUAGUUCUCAAACUGGAUAUGGAAUGGCCCAGCUUAAGGAGGAGUUAAUAAGAAGAGCUAUAGUAAAGAAAUUGAUACUCCCUGAGGUAUGGCUGCAGAAAGUGGAGCAAAUAGAGACAUCAAAACAGAAAGGGCAAGAUCCUUUCCUAACCCUAGAGUCCCUUGCCACAAUGGCAGAGAAGGUGCCUCCACAAUUACAAGAUGGCAAUGCCCAACAAAUUGAAGAUAUAUUGAAUUUUCUACAUGCUACAGGUGUUGUUCUUUGGUUCAGAGAUAGGCCAUUUCUGAAGAGCUUCAUCUUCCACAGACAAGAAAUUUUUAUUGAUAUAUUAAGAGCUGUCCUCUGCCACGACAUUGAAUCAACUCUUGUGUAUGAUACCGACCCUUUCAACAAGAAGUACAGUGAGAGGAAAUUUGAAUCAGCAAAGGAAGAUGUACUGCGAAGAGGAAUCAUCAGUAAAACCAUGUUGGAGUGUUUAUGGUGGCGAUUUAACUUUGGAAGAUGUGGUCUCGAUGCCAUGUUAGAAGUGUUGGAGAAUUUUGAUAUUUGCUACGUUAUGAAAGAUGCUGAUGAAAACCGAUACCAUUUCCCUUGGCUUCUGAGGGAAGAUAGACCCGAAUGUAUUACCUCAAAAUGGCCUUCUGUUCCAUCAAGAGAGAAGUUGCAGAUUUCGACUGAGAUCCAUUUUCCAACCGCCUGUCCCCCUGGUCUCUACGAAAUGGCAGCAGUACACCUCCAUGGUCGUUUAGGACAUUACAAAGCAGCACGACAUGACUGGAAAGAUGGUUUCUAUGCUGAACUCGACAACCAGUUUCAAAUGUGCUUUGAAAGAAGGUUCAGUGGAAAGUCACCCAAUAGCAUUCUUCAACUUUCUAUACGUGGCGAAGAUUCCAUUCUUCUGAAGAAGCACAGCUGGAAGAUAUUUCAGGCCCUUGUAGCUCUUGUGGAGAAAGAAUGCCCCGGUUCUCCUCGGGAUGAAUACAUGUUGUGUCCACACUGUGUACGGGAGGAGAAGAUUCCACCAACCCUGUUUGAUGCCCCUAAGUUUAUACUUAGUGUUCCCCUUGCAGAACCAGCACCUUAUCAUCCAUGCCCCGAAGAAGACCCUAACACUUUGGCCUCAGCAGACUACUUCUACCCAGUUACGAAAGGAAAAAUGACAGAUCUGCACCGUACAUCCCUUGACAAACACGCCAACCAUAUUUUGAAGAUCAUCCGCGGUACAUUCAACAGUCUACCAAAGAUACUCAGUCGACUCAGUAAAGCCGGUAUAUUAGCUGAAGAGGAAAAGGCAGCAAUCCUGGAAACAGACGCAGAUUACAGACUUUCUAGUUUCCUAAAAGGAAAAAGUGAUUCUGCCUUUUACGUGUUCUGUGGUGCUCUUCAUGACAGCGGACAUGCACAAAUGGCUCGGAUGUUGAGGCUACCCGACUUGGCUAUGGAGCUAUCAGACGUCGCCCUCCGUGAUGUAUUGCAGAGGUUGCUUGACCGAAGGGUGAUAUCAACGAAAGACAAUUAUACCGUGCGGCGUGAGCCAACCAAGGCAUUGAAAGUCACAGCCCUACUUAAGAAGUUAAGGGAGGGCAAGCGAGAUGAUGAGGCAGAGAGUGCCUUCACUGAAUUCGGUAAAGCCCUAGAUGAAGAAACUGCCAAGCAGAAGAACACUUAUUAG